AAGGCAUGUGGAAUUUUACUCGUUCUUAUCCUUAUCCUUUUUUUCUUCUUUUCUUUAUAAAAUGCAAAUAAAGAUUGUUUCUCGUUCGGGGAAAUCCCAAAAAUUUCCUCUAACGAUUAACAUACCAGCUGACGCGACUGUUGACCAGCUUAAACAAACUCUAUAUAAAGAAGUACCAAAAUAUUAUCCUGACCGCCAGCGUUUAGCUAUUAACCAAUUGGUUUUACAGGAAGGAAAACUUCUAAAAGAUUAUGACAUUAAAGAAGGAGAUUCUAUUUUGUUUAAAGAUUUAGGUCCACAAAUCAGUUGGCGAACUGUAUUUCUUAUUGAAUAUUUUGGGCCUAUUUUAAUCCAUCCAAUAUUCUAUUAUUUCAAGUCUCAAAUUUAUGGAGAAGAAUUUAGACACAGCGAAAUGCAAACGAUCGCGUACUAUAUGAUUAUGGCUCAUUUUAUCAAACGAGAAAUCGAAACUUUAUUCGUUCACCGUUUCUCACAUAGCACUAUGCCUUUCUUUAAUGUAUUCAAAAAUUCAUUUCAUUAUCAUGCUCUUAGUGGUAUAAACUUGGCUUAUUGGGUGUAUGGUCCCUGGAAUGCUGCUGGAAUACAUGGCAGUGAACGCGAAGAAUGGCUUUUAUGGACUUGUGCAGGAGUGUUUGCUUGGGCACAAAUUUCUAAUUUUUAUACUCACAUUAUUCUGCGCAAUCUUCGCCCGCCGGGAACUCGCGUUCGUAAAAUUCCUUAUGGAUAUGGUUUCAAUUUGGUAUCUUGUCCCAAUUAUUUAUUUGAGACAAUUGUGUGGCUUAUUGUUAGCAUUUUAACCAAAUCAAUUGCAGCUUGGCUAUUUCUUGCAGCAGGAUCUACUCAGAUGUUUCUAUGGGCAUUAAAGAAACAUAAAAGUUACUGUAAAGAAUUUAAGGAUUAUCCAAAAAAUCGUAAAGCUAUGAUUCCUUUUAUCGCUUAAAAAAAAAAUUUUUUUUCAACUUGUAUCACUACCUGCUAUUAUUUAGGAUUUUUUAUUCAGUUUUUGCUUUCUAUGUUUAUGUUAUCGAAUGAAAAAAAAAUUAUGCUAAUAACCGAAAAAAAAUGUUAAGAGGACUUUUGCUUUUUGAUUGAAGGAACAACGUCUUCCAUCUCUUCAAGAUCAUCUUCUGUAUAAUCAUCAGUAGUGCGUUUAAGACCUUUCAUUUUUCUUGUUUGUAAUUUGCUUAAAUCUUGUUUGCCAAGAUGAAUACGACCAAUUUUAUCACCCAUUUCAUUAACAUCAAUAUUUUUGAUUUUCUUUGGCUAAAAAAUAAAUAAAGUAAAAACAUUCGUAUUAGAAUUUUUCAUUAC